AUGGCCGCAGACGCAUCCGUCCCCUCCAAGCCUCCCGCAACAAACAUCAACAUCAUCCACGAGGGCAUCUCAACCGACCGCUCCAGCUUCACCCCUCACGACGUCAUCGCCGACAUCUGGGCCAGCCUGGGCCUCCCCGCGGCCGCCCUUUCCGCCGUCGACCUACCCGGCAGCGAGCACGCCGGCCCCGUGCUGCCGUCGUCCUACCGCAUCGGCUGCCUGGCACAGAGCAGCAUCGCGCUGUCCGCGCUGUCCGCAGCUCUGGUGCACUCCGUCCGCAAUGCGUCAGUAGAAAAAGAAAAAGAAAAAGCCGCAGCAGCAUCCCUCCCACGCAUCACCGUCCCCCAACGCCACGCCACCGCCGAGUUCCUCUCCGUCCAGCACUGCAGCAUCAUCAACACCGCAGCUCCUGCCAAUGACUCCCCUCAGCCCCGUCCCCGUCCCCCUUCACCCAUCCUCGACAUCCACCCGACCGCCGAAGAAGGCGGCCGCAUCCGCAUCCACACCGCCUUCCCGCACCACCGCGACGGUGCCCUGCAGCUGCUCGGCCUGGAUCCGGCAUCUCGCACCAGCCUCACCCGCGCCGACAUCGAUGCCCAGACGCGGCAAUGGCGCAGCCGCGAUCUCGAGGCGGCAGGGCUGGCGGCCGGCUGCGCCAUGUACGCGCUGCGGUCGUACGAUGAAUGGGACGUCGGCGAAGAGGCGCAGGCGAGCGCGGUGCUGGACGUUCCGGUGCGGGUGAGGAGAAUUGGUGGUGGUGGUGGAGGAGCAGCAGCAGGAGCAGGAGCAGGACGACCUAGACCAGGCGUCACAGCAGCAGGCCGCCGCCGCCUCCUAAGCGGCCUGCGCAUCCUCGAACUCACCCGCGUCAUCGCCGGCCCCGUCGCCGGCCGCACCCUCGCCGCACACGGCGCCGACGUGCUCUGGGUGACGGCGCCGCACCUGCCCGCGCUGCCCGUCGUCGACCGCGACGUCGCGCGGGGCAAGCGGACGGCGCAGCUGGACCUACGGCUUGAAUCCGACCGGGAACAACUCCGGAAACUGAUUGCCAGCUGCGACGUCUUCCUGCAGGGGUACCGGCCGGGCAGCCUGGCGGCGCGCGGAUGGGAGGAGGAGGACCUGGUGCGGAUGAAUCCGGGCAUCGUGGUGGCGAACAUGUCGGCGUUUGGGCCGGAGGAGCCGUGGCGGGGGCGGAGGGGGUUUGAUAGCCUUGUGCAGACGUGUUCGGGGAUGAAUGUGUCGGAGGCGGAGCAUUUUAAUGGGGAGGAGAAGGAGGGGGAGAAGGGGGCGAGGGUGUUGCCGUGUCAGGCGCUGGAUCAUGCGUCGGGGUAUUUCUUGGCGAUGGGGAUAUGCGCGGCGCUGUAUAAGGGGGAGGUGGAAGGGGGUGGUGCGUUCUGCGUCGAUGUUUCGCUGGCUGGGACGAUGAAGUAUCUUCGCAGCCUGGGGCAGUAUGAGGGGCGGUCCGGGUUUGACUGUGCUGGGUUCACUGCUGAGGAGGUUGAGGGAUACUUGGAAGUGAGGGAGAGUGGAUUGGGUGUGCUGAAGGCUGUGCGCCAUUCCGCGAGCGUGGAAGGCUUCGAGCCGGGCUGGGACCGCAUGCCCCAGCCGCUGGGGAGCGACGAAGCCGAGUGGCAGAGCUGA